UAAGGUUUGCUUGUUAUGAUAGUCCUUUAUUUAUUUUCCUGACUCAUAUUUCAUACUAUUACUACUUUUUUGGCCAAAAGUCGAUCAAAAAGUAAGAAACGAAUCCCAUUUUCAGAUAUUUGUUUCACUGAUUUUUAGCCUUCACAGCAGAACUUCCACAUUUUCCUUUCCUCACAGCUGAUUAGCGUCGCACAAGCGCAUCAUCUGUCUCCUGUUUCACUUGACGCCGGUAGCUUGAAGAACUGUGAAUACAAUGAAGCACAUGCUAGUCUUCGCCGGCCUUCUGGCGGUGGUUGCGGUGAGCCAGGCCGAUGUCACUGCUGAGGACCAGUUUAAGGUCGAGGAGGAUAGCAUAGCCAGGGUCCUGGCACAGAAACUGAUCCAGAACAAGUACCUCGUGGAAGGCCAGGACGUCGUGGUGCGCUACUCCCUCUUCAACGUCGGCUCGGCAGCGGCACUCAACGUGCGGGUUCAGGAGGCCGGCUUUGGUGCGGGCGACUUCGACAUUGUCGCCGGGAAGGCGGACUUCACUCUGGACCGGCUGGCACCGGGCGCUAACGCCAGCCACACACUGGUGGUGAGACCGCUGAAGUACGGCUACUAUAACUUCACGGCGGCCACCGUGUCGUAUCUGGACAGCGAGACCGCCUCUGAGCCCACGGUCGGCUUCACCAGUGAGCCAGGAGAGGGCGGCAUCGUCGCCUUCCGCGACUACAACAAGAAGUUUUCCUCUCACCUGCUGGACUGGCUGGUGUUUGCCGUGAUGACUCUGCCCUCCCUCGGCAUCCCGUUCGCCCUCUGGUACUCGUCAAAGUCAAAGUAUGACGCCGUCAUCGCCGAAAAACGGGCCGACGCCGGCAAAAAGCGAGAGUGAACACCGAGAGACAUAUGGGGGAGUGUGGUGAACUUAAAGUGCCUGGUGCGCUCGACAGGUGGCUGGGAACGGGCGUUUUUGUAAUAAACUUGUACAAAGAGAACGCGCUGUUGUGUUUCGUGUUCCGCUGUGUCUGCUGGUGAACAGCUUUUGUUGAGAGAUGUUUUAACAGAUGUCUUAUCUUUCAGGUUAACAUUCCGGGGCGUUAGGGACUGAAACCCAAAAAGGCAGCCUUCAUUUUGAGUUGGAUCAUGAAAUAAAUUUAUGGAACUGUC